UUUCAUACCCUCCACAAAAGUCUGCCUACCUUGCCAAGUCAACCAGAAUAACCACGUGGAGAAAGAAUAGAACUGCUUUUGAAAAAAAAUCUUAAAGUAAUCUUAAUCGGGCAGUAUGUUAUGUAUGUAUACUAUGUUGACGGGAAAAAACACAUCAUCUAUCUAUCUAUCUAUCUAUCUAUCUAUCUAUCUAUCUAUCUAUCUAUCUAUCUAUCUAUCUAUCUAUCUAUCUAUCUAUCUAUCUAUCUAUCUAUCUAUCUAUCUAUCUAUCUAUCUAUCUAUCUAUCUAUCUAUCUAUCUAUCUAUCUAUCUAUCUAUCUAUCUAUCUAUCUAUCUAUCUAUCUAUCUAUCGUAGCGGUAAGACGUUGGAUGGAGUCUUAUUUCCCGUGCUCGGCGGCUCAUGUGUUUCUUGUAACUCGCUAGGAACUCUGCUGCUCUCUGUGAACUCUGAACUCAGCCGGAACGCGCGCGGCUCUAAAGUGUCUGUCACGUGACUGUGACGUAGCCGGUAACGCGCUCGGCCAAAUGGACACACAAGUACGAUGGGUGAAUAAUGUCAAACAACAAAGGGUCACCCCACAGGUCCCCCCAGAAUUCACCCACACAGGACGCCAGGCGCAACCCGAAUCAAAAGAACGGAAUGCAUGAGUUGCUCUGCCGGGGCGUCAGUGGAAAACGACCGAACAGACGGUCAGGCGGCCGUCCAGGACGCCGGAUGCGGGAAGUCUGAGCAGAACAGUCUGGAGGACGCCCAGGAUGCCAGGCGGCGGGCGACCAAAAGCGACGACCAGGAUGCAAGGCGGUGGACGACCGAGCAGGACGAUCGGGCGCCCGUCCAGGACGAGGAGCGCGUCGCGCAGCUCCGCCCAGGCGAGGCCGGAGAAGCGGACGCCAAGAGAGGCGGCACGCGUUGCUCAGCUGCGGUCGAGGAAGAGGUCGAGACGUGCGACGUCUCGGCGGAAAGACUAUGAAGUGCUGUGCUCUGACCGCCGUCGAGUACCCGAGCGCGGCUACCACGUGGUAGAAGCGGAUGGUGUCGUUGGAAAUACCACGGAGGACGAACUGCUCCUCCGCGAACGCGAACAACGCGGCCGCAGAAGACUCAUUAAACGUCGCCAGCUCGAAAAAGCUAGCGUCCGCCAUUGCUUAAAGUGUUCAAAAAUGCCUCUGAGACUUCAGCGAGGCUCGUCGGGGUCACCAGGGUAAGCGGUAAGACGUUGGAUGGAGUCUUAUUUGCCGUGCUCGGCGGCUCAUGUGUCUCUUGUAACUCGCUAGGAACUCUGCUGCUUUCUGUGAACUCUGAACUCAGCCAGAACGCGCGCAGCUCUAAAGUAUCUGUCCGUGACUGUGACGUAGCCGGUAACGCGCUCGGCCAAAUGGACACACCAGUACGAUGGGUGAAUUAUGUCAAACAACAAAGGGUCACCACACUAUCUGUCUGUCUGUCACGACUUAUUGCAAUUAACUCCUAGCAUGCGACUGCUAUGAGUGAUAACCUUGAUUUUUGUGCUUUACCCAACAUACCCUUUUUUAUUCAGUGUUAUUACAGGUUUUACCAGAAAUUUGAGUAAAAGCAAACAAUUUUUUGAAUUUAUAUAUAUAUAUAUGUGUGUGUGUAUUUUAAGACGUGCUUUUGGAAAUGAACUCUUCUUAUGUAAAUUGUGUUUCCUGAAAAAGGUCACUCAAAUAUAAUUAUUAACAACCACACAUUAAUUAAAGUUACAGUGAGACCCCUUCAGACCCGCAGUUUUACUGAUGGGGAAAAAAAUAAUACAAUCUGCCCUGAUUUUUACUCAAACACCACAACAAAGUGCAAUUUUUUGGUUUGGUUAUUUAAAGUUUUUAUUGGUCAUUUUUUAUGUUAAUGUGUUUUUGAUGACAAACGGGCACUUUACGUUAUUCGUUUUGAAAGAGCCAAAAAUAGCAAAGAGGGCUUCUCACUACUCAUGAUUUGAUUUCAAUGGGUAAGGUUUCAUACAAUCAUCUCCCAGAAGUGACAAUUGCAACUGAAUUCACUGUAUUUAUUGGUUUAGAGAUGCGCACGCAUCAUGUCCUCCCGCAGCAAGUCUGAAGGGGUUAAAACAUAUUGACGUUCACAGCUGGCGCGGGAAGACUGAUUAAGCACCGCCCAAUGCAUUGCAGAUGAGAACAAUUGAAUGAGAGGAGGAAGUGCAACUUUUGGAAAGUCACCCUGAUUAAAGUACAUAUACUACCUGUUUUAACGCAGAGGUAAGUGUUAUUUUGACCCAAUAUACACUCUCCUUGAUUGGAGUGAUGGUAUAGUUAAAAAUAAAACGUUUAAAAUAAGCAGCUUCGUUGUGAUGGUAGCAUUUAGCACAUAAUUGGCCUUGCUCUGAGGCGCACGUAAUUUAACCAACUAAUUUAGCAUUGUAGCGAUAGCGAUUUAUAUAAGCAUAUAAGACAACUAUGCUAUGCAGUUAGUGCAGAAAUUCAGUGCCGGUAUGUAUGUGCUGCAAGGACUUACUUUAGUGAGCUAGCUUAGCAUAGUAGCCAAAACGUUUUUAUUGAAGCACCUCUAUGCAAACUAGCAAUAUGCUAUGUAGGACAUUAACGUAUACCCUCUUGCGUGGACAAAUUUAACAAGAUAGUUUUGCAUUAUAGUGUAACUCUUUUAUAAAAGCGCUAAGAAAGCUAUGUAAUGCAGCUACAUUGUUUAAAGAAAAUUACAAAUUGGUGUGGCAGCAGGCAGAAAUUUAGCCUAUAAUACCAAUAAUGUGUAAAAUCAUUAUAUUUUAUUUUUUAGAAUUGGCAAUGCCUUCCCUGAGAAGCAGGAAAUCACCAAAACAGGAUGCCAUUGAACAUGCUUUAAUGGGUCUGGAUAAGACUCUCGAGUUGGAGAAGAAGUACAUCAGUUCUUUUAAAGGUCGAGGAGUAUUUACCAAAGCCCCUUUCAGGAAAGAAGAUUUUGUGGUGGAGUACAGAGGAGAAUUAAUAGAUUGGGAUGAAUCCCAAAAGAGAAAGAUGGACUAUGGAACAGGAAGAGUCUUUGUCUUUGAUUUCCGCUGGCAAGAAAAAACUUGGUGCAUUGAUGCUGCCAAAGAAGAUGGCAGUCUCGGAAGACUGGUCAAUGAUGACCACAAGCACCCAAAUUGUAAAAUGAAGAUGAUUGUGACAGAGGGCAAGCCUCACCUGUGUUUAUUUGCACAAAGAGACCUUGACAUUGGUGAAGAGAUAACUUAUGACUACGGACCAGCGGACUGGCCUUGGAGGAAAAAGGACAAAGGACAAUCGACUGUGACGAAAACUGCUGAGAGUGAAAUUUCCAGGACCAGAGAGCAGCCUCCACAAUCUAAAGACUCGGAUAUGGAGGUUGGAGGAAGCCAUUCCACUGUGACUGAAUAUUCUGAGGUUGGGGUCUCCAGAACCAGAGAGCAACAGUCUCCGAAAUCUACACACGCUGCAAUGGAGGACGUACAGUUGAAUUUAAGUGAAUCUCCGGAAUUUGAGAUGUCAAGCACCACCGAGCAUUCCUCUCUAGGACCUACGAAGUCAGAAGUGAAGAAAUUGGAUUCAAACCAUUCUUUUCCCAUGGACAAAAAAAACCUGCACAAUAUGGGUUUGGUUAACUACACUGAUUCUGAUGAAUCCCAGGAGCUAUCCAUAAAUCUUUACCAAAGUACUAUCCCAAAGCUCAGGAGAACUAAAUGUAUGCAGGUCAACAGCACACUUAGCCGUUAUCAGGUGGGAAAUGAAAUUGACGGUAAUGGAGAGCUUCUUUACUCCACCUCAGAGGACAGUGGAGAUGAAUAUAUUCCAGGCACAAGUGAGGAAUCAGAUGAGAGUGAAGGUUUGCAAUGUGUCGACUCUCUCGUUAAGAAGGAUAUCAUCAAAGAUUUGUUUCACCUUACAAAUACCUCAAAAGCCUCCUCGAUGCCAUCUGUUAUGCACGUUGAUGGACCAUCUCCUCAGCAUAUACCCAAACGUCAGUCCACCAAACGGAAACAAAAGUCACCCAAAAAAGGAAAAGGUCGACAACCGGUUAAAAAGAAGCCAUGGAAGAAAGAGGUCUUGGCUGUUGAGAAGCAUAUGAUGUCAUUCAUCACUACCUGCCGUGUUCCACGGAAGAGCGACUGCGAUGACUGCCUUAAAAAGGAACAAGUAGCACUUAAAAACAGGCAUUGGUCAGCAGUAAAAUUUUACAUUAAAAACAAGAUCACAGAUCUCAAAAGGAGAGUUUAGGGGGAUGUAGGGGUUAUAUAUGGUGACCCUUUUUAUAUUGCUAUUUGUGCUUUGUGACCAUCUCUACAGACCUCCGUGAAGUUGCCCCAUCAGAUGAAAAUUUAUAUAAAAAUGAUGGCAAUAGUUUGUGCGUUUUUUUUUUUUUUGUGUCCUGCUAUUGUUGCAAUAUUUCUCUUAUAGGUUUGAGGUCAAUCAACCUCCCAUUUUGAUUUAAAAAAUGGUGUCAAUUGUUUGUGCUGUAAAAAAUUGUCGUUUGUGCUGCGAUCGUUUUAUAGAUAUUGAGAUAUUAAUUUCGAGUGAAGACGUCAUAACUCCCAUGGCUGACGGAGCUUAUCAACUCUCAAUAACAGAGGGCUGUCCAAACAACUAGCACGAACGUAUCAGGAACGAAUGGCACUUCUGGUCCAUUUUGCGGUUAAUGAGGAGCUGAGGGUGACGUCAUCACUCGUAAUUCAAAUCUCAAGCCCCCCCAUUCACUACAAAAUGGACCCGAAUUCGUUUCUGCUCGUUAUUGACACCCUCGUUAUUGAGACUUGAUACGCUCCGUGAGCCAUGGGAGUUAUGACAUCCUCACUGGAAAUUAAUAUCUAAAUAUAUAUAAAAUGAUACCAGCAUAAACAACAUUUUUUACAGCACAAAUGAUUGACAUUUUCAUAUAAAUUUGCGACUGAUGGGGUGGAGGGACUUCACGGAGGUCUGUACAGAUGGUCACAAAGCACAUAUAGCAAUACACGAAGUGUCGUCCUUUUUUUUUUUUUAACUUCUGUGUCAUCCUUUUGAAGUUGUGCUGUGGCAAUUGGGGUUCUUGCUUUUGCCAGUUUGCAAUCGCGCUUUAGAAAUUGGGGAUCGUGUUGUGGCAGGUUGCAUUCGUGCUUUUCUUUUGCAAAGUGUUUGGUCUUUUGCAUUUUGCCUCACACCUCUCGGCCAUGGUAGAUAUACACAAACUUAACUAUCAAUGGCAUAACUGUUUGCACUUGUUUCGUCUGUUUUGAAGCGAUACAGCAGUUAAGAGAGAAUAAAGACGAUGACUUACCUUGUGCAUGUUGCACUUCACUGUUACUGGCUAAAACUUUUCGAACUAUAACCCCCCCCUUCGACUUGCGGUUUACGGUCAAGUGUUGCCUAUCUAUGGAUUUUUAGAACCUAAAGUGCACUCCUGCGGCUAAAAGUCGAGUGCAGCCUAUGUAAACAACCAAUUAUUUGUAAAUAUUGCUGAUUGUUUGAACCCCAAACUUUUGAACCGUAGUGUACAGUCUGAAAUUCCAGUAAAUUUUUAUCCAACAUAAGGUAGAAUUUAAACUGUAAAUGUAUCGUAAUUAAUGCAGUGAUAUACAAUGAUCCCUCGUUUUUCGUGGUUAAAGGGGAUCCCCCCAUUAUAAUCGAAAUCGGCGAAGUAGAUGUGUAGCUUAUUUACAUUAAAAAAAAAAAAAAAAUCUUUUUUGUGUGUGUUCAAUGCUUUUACUCAGAUUUAGCAUUGGAAAGAGUAUAGUUUA